AUGGUUGGGGCCGCUUCUCCAGUCGAGGAAGGCAUGCCCCCUACUGCACCUCAGGGUCUGAAGCCUCGUCCUCGCCGGAAGGUUGCUAAAGCAGAGGCAAACGUCGGCGUCGCAGCAACUGCACUCGCGGCCAAAUCCACAUUACGCCAGUCCAUCGAGACGUCCAAGGCAGGCAGCGCAGAUGUUGAGAACCUGUACUACACCGCCAAGGCUCCCGAUGUUGUUGAUGGGGCGAAGAGUACUCGCAAGCGAAUACACUCUGACUCCGAGUCCCUCACCAGGGCUGGCACUGAUGUAAAUGAGGAUGUAUCCCCGACGUCCAUCGACGCUCCGCCAGCAAAGAAGACAAAGAAGCUAGCAACAAUGAGUGCCAAGCGCGACAACGCAGUGACCACAAACACACCGGAUCAGAGGACUAGUACGCGCGGUCAAGAAGCUCGUGCCUCGCAACUGACGGGCAUGGCAAACGCCAGCGGAACAACCAUUAUAACAGAUCCUGUAGGCAGUAUGAGUGUGGAAGAUGUGGCAGAUGAUGAUGAGGCUGAACACUCUGACCAUGAUGAUGAGCCCUCAGCCCUAACGCAAGAGCAGGAGCCGGGCCAAGACGACGAAGCUCAGUCCGACUCUGGAGAGGAGUCAGAAUGCGACGACACACACAAGCUUGCAGCCCAUCUGGUCGCUGAAUCUGUCGCUGGUUGCGUGAAGACUAGCUUUCGUCGGUCUCGUGCCUUCGUGCCAACCACCGCUCUGCCCGUCGAGUUUUCUGAUACGUUUAUCCCUCUCACUCUCUCUUCUCCCCUUUCGGCUCCUCGCCACUCGCCUACGGGGUCGUCGCCGAACGUCGACCCGAGUCUACGCGCCUAG